CAAAAUUUAUUGUGAAAAAAAAUUUCAAAAUAAUAAUGAACAAGAAUCAUCUACCGCAGAUUCUAUACCUUCUUCAAUAACAAAUUCUUUACUUACAAUACCUUCUAUUACAUUUAAUAAUUUAUCAAUUCCUGAAGCAGAGGACUUACUUUUAAACCCAUCAAUUUUAAAUCUAUCACUUUCAAAUUCUUCUGUUACUCCAUCAUCAUCUGAUAUUUCUGAUUCUAUAUCCACUCUAUUAUAA